CACCUUGGCACCGCAGGUUUCCUCCCUGGCAAUCUGAAUGACCCGCUGGGCCAAGGCUCUGUGGCUGAACCGACUGAGCCCUAAGCUGUAGCCCCCAGGGACUUCUCUGACCCCCUUCUCUGCCCAGAGCCGAGCCUCAGGCAGCCGGCCCCCAGCAAGUGAGACCGCUGAGGUUGUAACUGAACCCAGAAGCAUCCUGCCCGAGGCCGGAGGCAGGACAAGGAGGCUUGAUCAGGAACAAUCUCAGACAAAAUAAGUGACUACUUUGUAUAGGGUGUGAGCCAGUUCUCCGCCAUAUCUCCAGGUCUGGGCUAUUGUCUGUUGCCGGCGGAAGUGCUGAACGAUGAAGAAGAGGUUCGUGGUACUGGGCCUGCUGGCCGUGGUGCUGGUGGUGGUCAUUGUCUGCCUCGCCGUCUUGCUGCCCUCCGCCUCCAGGAAGCGCAGCCAUGUGUACUCCAGGGCGGCUGUGGCUGCCGAUGCUGCCGGCUGCUCAGAGAUUGGAAGGGACAUACUCCAGGAAGGCGGCUCAGCCGUGGACGCGGCCAUCGCAGCCCUGCUGUGUAUGGGGCUCAUGAACCCCCACAGCAUGGGCAUCGGGGGCGGCCUGUUCUUCACCAUCUACAACAGCAGCACGGGGAAGGCCGAAGUCAUCAACGCCCGCGAGGUGGCGCCCGCGCAGGCCCACGCUAACAUGUUCAACAGCUCCACGCAGUCCCAGGAAGGCGGGUUAUCCGUGGCAGUGCCCGGUGAGAUCCGUGGUUACGAGCUGGCACACCAGCGGCAUGGUCGGCUGCCCUGGGCUCGCCUCUUCGAGCCCAGCAUCCAGUUGGCCCGCUAUGGCUUCCCUGUGGGCCCGGGUCUGGCAGCCGCGCUUAACAGAAGUCGGGCCGUGGUGGAAGGUUCGCCGGCGCUGUGCGAGGUGUUUUGCCACAAUGGGAAGGUACUCCAGCAGGGGGACAAGGUGAUCAUGUCGCGGCUGGCAAACACCUAUGAGACGCUGGCCCGCGAGGGCGCCCAGGCCUUCUACGACGGCAGCCUCACGGCUCAGAUUGUCAAGGACAUCCAGGAUGCUGGGGGCAUCAUCACAGCCCAGGACUUGAAAAACUACAAGGCCCAGCUCAUCGAGGAUCCACUCAGCAUCCACCUAGGGGACUCGGUGCUCUAUGCGCCCAGCGCCCCGCUCAGCGGCCCUGUGCUGGCCCUUAUCCUCAACAUCCUCAAAGGAUACAACUUCUCCCCGGAGAGUGUCAAGACCCCCGCGCAGAAGAUCCUGACGUACCACCGCAUCAUAGAGGCCUUCCGGUUUGCCUACGCCAAGAGGACCCUGCUUGGGGACCCCAGGUUUGAGGAUGUCACAAAGGUGAUCGCCAACAUGACCUCUGAGCACUACGCGGCACAGCUCCGAGCCCAGAUCACCAACAACACACACCCCACCGACUACUACGAGCCGGAGUACUACAGUCCUGACGACUCGGGCACCGCCCACCUGUCCGUGGUCGACGAGGAAGGCAAUGCCGUGUCUGCCACCAGCACCAUCAAUCUCUACUUCGGCUCCAAGAUCCUGUCUCAAGUCAGUGGGAUCAUCUUCAACGACGAGAUGGACGACUUCAGCACCCCUAACAUCACCAAUCAGUUUGGGGUGUCACCUUCACCGGCCAAUUUCAUCAAGCCAGGGAAACAGCCACUCUCGUCUAUGUGUCCAAGCAUCAUCGUGGGCCCCGACGGUCGGGUGCAGAUGGUGGUCGGUGCCUCGGGGGGCACCCAGAUCACCACAGCCACCGCACUGGCCAUCAUCCACAGUUUGUGGUUCGACUAUGACGUGAAGAGGGGGGUGGAGGAGCCACGGCUCCACAACCAACUGCUACCAAGCGCCACCACCCUGGAGAGGGGCUUCGACCAGGCGGUGGUCACAGGCCUGCACGCCCGGGGCCACGAAACUGAGACUACGUCCACAUUUAUCGCUGUGGUACAAGCCGUCCUACGCACAGCCCGUGGCUGGGCAGCCGCCUCGGACUCCAGAAAAGGGGGAGAACCUGCUGGCUACUGAGGGGCCUGGGAUGACAAGCAGGCCCAGGGAACCAGAUCUACGUACAAGUGGGGACUUUGCGGGCAAGGUGCCUUUAGCCCAUGAGCUGCAGAGAAAAGCAAUAAAUGGUGCCGCAGCGCCAGGCUCUGGGCAGCCUUGCUGGCCAGGCUCCCACUCCCUGAGCCUCAGCGACGUGUGCGUGGAAUGGCUGCAGAGGAAGGGGAGAGAGUGGAAGGUGGGAAUUUGGACAUCUUGGAGCUGCGGGUGC